AUGGCCAUUGCUGCUUCAAGAUCACCCCGAUUGGCAAGGACAGUCGCUACUGCAACAGCGAAAGAACUGUCAUGCUUAGGUGUGAAUUUGAUCCUAGGACCAGUACUCGACGUUCAUGCACGUGGUCAAGCACAGCAAAUGGGUGUGCGGUCAUUGGGAGAAGACGACCAUGUUGUUUCUGAUCUGGGCCUGGAGUACGUCAAGGGCUAUCACUCAGGGGGCCUGUUGAGUUGUGGAAAGCAUUUCCCUGGUUACGGGAAUCUCAUGUUUCCAGGAAAUCUCUCCGACAUUCCCAGUGUACCUGGGACGCUGGAUCAACUGUACUACUCAUCGCUCGCUCCGUUCCAGGCAGCAGCCGAUAAUGAGGUGGAUUCAAUGCUAGUGGGAGCGUGCGCCAUGCCCGAUGUGGAAUAUGAGAACGUCCUGCAUGCCUGCCUUUCGCGACACGUUGUCACAAACCUUCUGCGGGAACGUAUCGGGUUCAAAAGGGUGGUGAUAUGUGAAUGUCUUGAAAUUGAGUCCAUGUACGAGAGCUUCGGAGUGGGGCAAGCAUCAGUGAUGGCAGUUGAUGCUGGUUGCGACUUGCUCAUGGUAUGCAACUCUUAUGCUAACCAACGAGAAGCCGUGUUAGCGAUUCAAGCUGCAGUUGCAUCCAACGUCAUAUCUAUCGACAGGAUAUUGGAAUCUGUCAGCAGAAUUUCGGAUAUGAAACGCAAGCUCCUCACGUGGGAUCGAGCUUUGAAUCCGCCGGGAGUGAAAGGACUCGGACUGCUCAAGAAGGAGCAUGAAGCAUUGUCGCGUGAGGCAUACGAGAACUCUAUCACCUUGAUAAGGGACCGACCAAAAGUCAUUCCUCUAUCUGCGAAAGCGGACCCAACAGCAAAGCUUUUGUUAUUGACGCCCCUCGUGGAAACUUUCCAUGGAGCUCAGUCUCCAACAUCAAUGGAAGACGAUACGUUGCUCCUUGUGAGGACUUCACAUGCGGGCAGAUCUAGACCUCACACGACUGGUCAUCUCGACGGAGAGGCGGCCUUUCAGUCUUUUGGACGCUUGGUAGCUAAAAUGUGGCCUGGGAAGGUCGUUCACACCUCUUACACUGCUAGCGGAGUCAGUCCACUUCAUGAAAAGCUCGUAUCCGAAGCAACGGCAGUGGUUCUGCUCACAGCGGAUGGCUUUCGAAAUACUUACCAAUAUGGUUUCACCAAAUACGUUCUAGCUUUGUGCAAAAGCCAAUCUUUCAGUCCUAGCGGUCACAAACCUUGUGUCGUGGUGGCAGUCAGUUCACCGUACGACUUUUAUAAUGACACAGCGGUUUCCACCUACCUGUGCACGUACGACUGCACCGAUGAGGCGCUAACGUGUCUUAGUCGAGCGCUUUUUGGUACGCUCACUCCAGCUUCCGCGUCUGAUCCUUCGUCGAAUUUGCAGCCAAUCCCGGACAGCGGGAGAGCACCUGUGCAGCGCCAAUUAUGGCUUGUUGAAGACUUUGCAUCAUCUCGAGAUCUAGAUGGCCUUCAGGAGCUCCUAGACAGGACUCUCAACACUUCCUCAGACCGUGCUGAAAUGGUCGAAGCACACUUCCCGUCUUGUUGUUUCAAAACUUCCUCAUAUAUAGCGGACUUUGAUCCUAUGAUCAAGUCACACCAUUUUGUGGUUAGAAAUAGCAGCACAAGAGUAGUGUACGGGUUUUGUGCGACAUACUAUGUUCCUUCUCUAGGCGUGGCAUCUGUCGGUUUGAUACUGGUCGAUAUCGAGAAGAGACAGAAAGGCAUUGGUUUCUCCUUGCAUCAACGAGCCUUGUCAUACCUUCGUUGUUUGCCAGGAAUAAAACAUCUGCAACUCGGUACCACUCUUCCAUCAGUAUACCCCGGGAUUCCCAAUCGUCUGAAUUCCACUCACGUCGUGCUCAGAAAAUGGGUCAAGGCUAAGUAUGACUCCACUCGAUUUUGA